GUUAUGGUAGGAACUGGAGGCGGCGUGGUUCCCUUCUACAGAAUGAUGGUCUAGUCGAGUCACGUGUUGUUUCGGCGGUAUAUAAUUGAAUGGUUCGAUUCCUCUUUGGUUGGCUUGCUCAUAUUUUCAUUUCUUCUUACGAUCUUCUCACCAAACAACUUUAAUUCCUCGUUGAAUUACGGAUUGCCUCGAUUCCAAACAAACCGAGCUCGUUUCUCCUCUUCCUCUCUCUUUUUCUUUCUUUGUGCUUCUCCGAUAGCUUCUGAGGAAAUGGAGGGUUCUAUUUGACACCAUACGCCUGCUUUUUUGAUGGGUCAUUGAGGAUUUUACGUUUCAGCUUCUAUCUUUUGUUUAUGGGCAUGGAAUUGAGAAACUACAAGCUUGUUAGCUUUUAUUCUGAUCACAAAAAGCAUAAGGAAUCUGCCAUUGGAAGCAGCAACAAUGAAGCAAUGCAACUUGAGAAGUCAUCAUCAAAAUACUAUAUUCCGUCGUCUACAUUCUUAAUGCCUGACAAUGGACUAGGGGGAAUCAAAAGUAAAUUCACUGAAACUUUUAAAACUGAGAAGUCGAAGGUGUUUCCGGAGGACUAUGAACCAUGGAGCAAAAGAAUACUAGACCCUGGUAGCAAGAUUGUUUUGAAAUGGAACCGAGUGUUCAUAUGUUCGUGCUUAUUGGCACUCUUUGUCGACCCGCUAUAUCUUUACUUGCCUGCUUUUAAUGGGAAUGGGCAAUCCCAAUGCGUGAGGACAGACUGGAAAUUGCGAAUUGUUGUGACCUGUUUCCGGACUGUUGCAGAUUUUUUCUAUCUUCUGCACAUGAUUAUAAAGUUUAGAACAGCUUAUGUUGCUCCUAGCUCUCGAGUUUUUGGGAGAGGUGAGCUUGUGAUGGAUCCAAAGAUGAUAGCGAAGAGGUAUAUUAGAUCUGAUUUUUUCAUCGAUCUAAUUGCCACCCUGCCUCUCCCUCAGAUUGUCAUCUGGUUUAUCAUACCUGCAACAAGGAGCCGUCUAACGGAUCAUAAAAACAAUGCUCUUGCACUUAUUGUUCUGCUUCAAUAUAUUCCGAGAUUGUAUUUGAUUUUCCCAUUAAGUUCAGAAAUCAUCAAAGCAAAUGGAGUUGUUACAAAGACAGCUUGGGCAGGCGCUGCUUAUAAUCUUCUACUCUAUAUGUUGGCUAGCCAUGUUUUAGGUGCUACAUGGUAUUUGCUGUCGGUUGAUAGAUAUACGUCAUGCUGGAAAUCAUUUUGUAGGAAGAAAGAAUACAAUACACUGGAAUGCAACCUAACUUUUUUUGAUUGCGAUACAUUUAACCAUAAUGACCGCGAUACAUGGGCAAAUAGUACACUUGUUUUUGAAAAAUGUGGCCCGAAAGGAAUUUUCAAGUAUGGCAUUUUUGGGCAAGCAAUGUCGAAGAAUGUCGUCUCUUCAAGCUUUAUUGAAAAGUACUUCUAUUGUUUGUGGUGGGGCUUGCAAAACCUGAGUUCAUAUGGACAGAAUUUGGAAACAACCACUUUUAUGGGUGAGACACUGUUUGCUGUGCUCAUUGCCAUUGUAGGCCUUGUAUUAUUUGCCCAUCUUAUCGGAAACAUGCAGACGUAUCUGCAAUCCCUCACUGUGAGGCGUGAAGAAUGGAGACUAAAGCAAAGAGACACUGAAGAGUGGAUGGGACAUCGUCAACUCCCUGAAGACUUGAAACGACGAGUUCGACGUUUUGUACAAUAUAAGUGGGUAGCAACUCAAGGAGUUGAUGAAGAAGUCAUCUUGCAAAGCUUGCCUGCUGAUCUUCGACGUGAUAUUCAGUGCCACCUAUGUCUAGAUCUUGUCCGACGAGUUCCGUUCUUCGCACAGAUGGAUGAUCAGCUACUUGAUGCAAUAUGUGAACGCCUGAUCUCCUCCUUGAGCACUGAAGGUACUUAUAUUGUACGGGAAGGGGACCCAGUGACGGAGAUGUUGUUUGUUAUACGAGGCAGAUUGGAGAGCUCUACCACAAAUGGAGGCCGCUCUGGUUUCUUUAACUCGAUAACAUUACGCCCUGGAGACUUUUGUGGGGAGGAGCUACUUUCUUGGGCCUUGCUUCCAAAAUCAACCACCAACUUGCCCUCCUCAACUAGAACAGUCAGAGCGCUCAAUGAAGUCGAAGCUUUUGCGCUCCGUGCUGAAGAUCUUAAAUUUGUGGCCAACCAAUUUAGACGUCUGCACAGUAAAAAAUUGCAGCACACAUUCCGCUUUUACUCUCACCAUUGGAGAACAUGGGCAGCUUGCUUUAUUCAAGCUGCUUGGCGUCGCCAUAAGAAAAGGAUGAUGGCAAAAGAUCUGUUAAUGAAGGAAUCAUUUACGUUACCAGAAGAAGUGGCAGAUGGAACUAGCCAAGGAGGAGAAGGAUUCUCUGUUGUUUCACAUCCAUCUCAGGCUAAAAUGUUUCUGGAUGUAGCCUUACUAGCUUCAAGGUUUGCUGCAAACACACGGAGAGGCGCUCAGAGAAUGAAAGAUGACUUACCGAAGUUACAAAAACCCGACGAACCUGACUUUUCCAUUGAGCCAGAUAGAUAAACAGUUUUCAGUGUUAUCAAAUAGCUAGAUUGCUCUCUGAGAAGGGUGAAAUCUAUUUCAGAUGAGCAUCCUUUUUCCCGUCAUCUGGUACUUCGGACCUUACGGAGACCUUACGGGGGCUUGCUUCAAUCCAAUGCUCAGAUGAGCCAGCGAUGCAACGUCACAAACCAUGCAUUAAUGUCGUAACCAGUAAGUUAGUCUCGUUAGAAUAUGAUCUUAUAGACAGUACUUGUGUUCGUUGGAUGGUUAAACAGGCUGCUGCAAAUGUAGCUGCAUGUUAUACUUCACCAGAGAGUAUUAUAUACAGUGCCUCAGACAGAUAUUUGUUGACCACAGAAACUUGAUUUCUUUCACUAGACGGUGCCGAGACAGAGCUAUGCAGGGAUGAGGCUGCUGGUGGACUAGAAAACUUGUAUUACAUACAUUUUUGUCAUUUGUUUUGAUUAAAACUUUCCAACUUUAUGAAUUAUCCUCAGUUGUGUUUUCCAGCGAAGUAUGUAGCUGAAAAUGCACAUAUGGCAAGACUGCCGUGGAUGCAAGAGUUUGUAAAAGUAAUCCAGUUCAGGUGCUCCUGGCUUUAUUAAUAUACAACAGACAAUGAUUCAGUUCA